AUGCACCCCAACCUCUUAAGCGUCGCCAACAUCUUCCGCUCAAGGACAGAAGGCAGCAACGUUCCGGCGAAGAAUCAAACCGCCACCUUGCGCUCCUCGCGGUACUCCAUCGACCGCGUAGAUUCCCACGCCACGGGCUCGUCCGCAAAUACUUCUUCUGCCAGCAUUGAUCACGAAAGUGAUGAAUCGGCCUAUACCCACCGACCCCUGCCGCCCAUGGACACACAACAACCAGUCGCCGACGACGACUCCACCUCUCAACAAUCGCGACAGCAACAGCAGCAGCAGCAGCAAACACAACAACGACCACCCUCUCCACCCUCGCCCUCUCUAUCCUCAAUUCGGUCGAGUCUCCUCCAUGGCCAUUUCCCCAGAUUAAGCGAAGACGGUUCGCGACCGCAAAUUCCUCCCAAGAGGAAGCGCCGCUUCUCGUUUCCGCUUCCGCUGCCUUGGAUAUUCAAGGACAACGAUACCCCGCCAGCCCCCGCAUCGCUCGACUUCGUCAUCGAGUCCCCUCCCGUCCUCUUCCACCUGGAUCCUGAACGCAGCACCGGCGCAUUGGUCUCGGGCCAGGUGCUCCUCGAUGUAAAGGAGGACUCGAUUGAAGUGAGCGAGGUCAAGGCUUCCCUCGUUUUGCGCAUCGUGCAGAAGAAGCCGUUCCAGGGCCACUGCGACGACUGCACGACGCAUGAGGAGGAGUUGCAACAGUGGAGCUUCUUGACACAACCCCUAACUCUAUCUCGAGGAACACACCAAUUUCCCUUCACCGGCCUCCUCGAUGGACACCUCCCCAUAACAACCGACACCGCCCUCGUCACCAUCUCCUACCACCUCAUCGCCACCACCCUUGUCUCCCGGCCCCCUUCCACCACCCGCGCCCCCACCAGCGGCUCCAGCAGCCCCGGCGCCAUCCCCAUCACCAACUCGCGCCUCAUCCCCGUGCGCCGCAGCCUACCCGAAACUGACAGCCCCCACAACUCCGUGCGCGUCUUCCCACCCACCAACAUCCGCGCCAGCGCCCAGUACCAACAAGUACUGUACCCGAGCGGCCGCAAUAACAUCACCAUGUCGCUGGAUGGGCUCACCUCCAAGCUCCCGCAGGACGACUCCCUCGAGUGCUGGCGCCUCAAAAAGGCCUCGUGGCGCCUCGAAGAAAGCAUCAAGACCGUCGCGGAGGCCUGCACGCGCCACGCUUCCGUCAUCACGGAUACGGCCGAACUCGCUGCCGAGACUAAUAAGAACAAGAUCCCUCGCACGGAGACACGCGUCCUCGGUGAGGAGGUCGUCUGUCGCGAUUGGAAAUCUGACUACCUCACCGCCGACGGCCACCUCGAGCUCUUCUUCGAUUUCGGCAUGCAUCCUUCCAUGCGGAAACCCCCGCCCGUUCACCACCACCAUCAUCAUCACCACCAGCCGUCGUCCCGCUACGCCUGCGACACUACCACGCCCGAGGGCGUCCAAAUUACUCAUUCCCUCCUCGUCGAACUCAUUGUGUCCCGCGCACGUGCUUUCGCCUCUCGGCCUGAUGACCUCGUGGAUACGGGGAUGGGCCGUAUUCUGCGCAUGCGCUUCAAGGUCAAUCUCACGGAGAAACCGGGCUCCAGCGUCGCGUGGGACGACGAGGCGCCGCCGAUGUAUGACGAGGUGCCACCUAGUCCGCCGAGGUAUGAGGAUGACGAGAGUGACGCCGGCGGCGCUGAUGACGAAGACCCCGAACCGAUUUACGCUGCUAGGGACAGUGUGGAUUGGAGAGAGGCUGAUCGCUCAUUUUCUUCCUCUGCUUCUUCUACAUGA